GAUAAUGUGUGUGUGCGAAUUAUAAAAUCGAGAACUCGAGAAAGAGACAAAUUAGGUCGAUAUCAUAACGCGGUGAACGAAAUUUUGAUCGCGACGAUAUAAAUGUGCGCAGAAUUUUCACUGAGAACAACCGGAUAUAUGUCGUAGCAAUAAAAAAAAAAAAAAACGCUUUGUUAUAUCGUUCUCCGGAUCGAGAAAAAUCGCGAUUGUGAAACGAUUGCGUGAUAUAAUACCAUCGAUCGCGCCUACACACAGUACGAUGUGUGCCGCGCGUCGGGAGAUUGCUUUAAUCGAUCAAAUCAAGUCGACGUUUUGCGAAAGAUCGACACAGGACGUUCACCUUUAAACAUUUUUUCGCGAUAUUCCGAUGAUCUUCGAUAUCCGAUAAUGCGUUAGCAUUGGAAUUGAAUUUCCGUAAUACACCAUAAUAGUACCUGAAAUCGUAAAAAUCAAGAGAUAUAGCUGGAUGGAAAUUAAAUCGCUGUAAAAGAAAGAGAGAGGGACGCUCCCGUUUAGUAGCGUUUGCAAAAACAUCUGAUGGCAAUUUCAUCUGAAGAGCAUUCGGAAAUGGACAGAUCGUGAAAGGUUUGUUGAAAAGUUACGUUACUUGGUAACGCAAACAAGCACGUGUUUUUUGCUUAAAAAAAAUAAACACUGAAAUAAAGUGUUAGCUAUAAAAAAACGGAAGAUAAGUUCCGGUGAUGCCGAAGAGCUAUUAAAAGACCGGCUCCAUUAAAGAAUAGACCCGAUUUAUCAGGAUCGUAAAUUUCGGAGAAAUGCAAAAUCGCGUAGAGAUGCUAAGGAUGUUAUUCAAUACUCGGGAUUCAUUAACUGUGACUUAAAAAAAAAAACGAGAGAUUGCACGAUGCAAUCUGAUUGUUCUCGGCAAAAGUUUCGACAAGAAUCCGUGAUUGAGUAACGUAAAAGAACUGUUAAAGCAAAACUAUUUAUCUUCAGAAAUCUUAAAAAGAAAAAAAAACAAAUUUUCCAUUACACUAGUAACAAGAAAAUAAAUGUUAAAUAUAAAUGAGAGAAGAAUUACAAUUGAGUUAUAAUGUUGAAAUUACGUUGUGUUCUCGAAAACUAUCGUAGCAUUUAAUAAGUGCAUGUUGUCGGAAGAGAAAGAACUACUUUAUGGAUACGUUGACGUUGUUAAAUUGACUCCAAGAGAUAAUAAAUAAUCACGCGUUAUAAUGUUUCGAGCAUGUCAUGUUACCGCAAAUGGCCACUGCAAGCCAUUGUUGCGAGUGAACGUUAAUUAUGUCGACAAGGAUGCCGGAAUUGAAGUUCGGGGAAACAUAUCGUCGUCGUGAGCAGAUGUAACAAGCGGACAAAUAGCACACGGAAAGAUGAGCGGCUGAAGAUGAGUGCGUCAGGUUAUUGGUGCGCGCUUAUCCUGCUCACGUUCAUGCAAGACACCGUCGGCAGCUACUACGAGAAGAAGUUUCUCGAGGUCGGGAAGCCAAAAGAGUAUCUGCGGCAUCAGCAGAAUCAUCGCUCGUCGACCUUCGUCGACCACAAGCACGUCGACCCGACAGAAUUUCGCGACGCAGAGGUCCGCUCGACGCUUAAUAGCCCCGCGGCAUUUCGAUCACCGAUCGCGGAAAUCGUUCACUCGGAUGCGCUGGACGACGUCGGAAAUCGACAAGUGGAAAAUCGCCAUGCGACGGAAAUCCAUCCGUUAAUCGCACGAAAUCGCGUUUCGAGUCACUUCCGGCCGACGGAGAUCUACUCGGGAAUCCCGUUGACACGAAAUCCCGAUUCAGAAAAUCGCCUACACGCGGAAAAUUGUUCCGGAGGAAACCGCUCGAAUCUUCUAACCAGCGCAAAAAUGCGUUUGACGGGAAAUCGUCGUGACCCGGCGACACGCUCGGUGGAAGUUUUAUCCACGUCGGAACGUUACAUCGCGGAAAUCGCUCCCGGCAUCGGCACCGAGAAAGUUCGCGCUACCUCGACGCAACUUCGCUUGGAAGAGAAACGACCCACGAGGAUCCACUCCGCUGAAACGCGCUCGCAAGCGGAAGAUCGUCGCGCCACGAAGGAAAUUUCAGUAACAGACAUUCGACCGAUGGAAAUCUUUUGGACGGAGAUCGAGCAAGCGGAAGCGUCGAACGUUGAGCGAUCGCAGAUUCGGCACGGAAGAUCCAGGAGUCAUUUCGCGCGACAGAAGAUGGAGGAUGCGUCGAAGGACGGGCUGAAGAAUGCGGUAAAUAGGAUCAAGACCGAGGAUCGCGAGAAUCACUUUAGGACACGCCAAGUGGAAAAAGCGAAUGACUUCGCGGAGGGAUCUAUUUCACUGAAGCGCAAGCAUUCGGUAUCUCGACUUCUUGAGCGGAAUUUCUCAAAGGAUAACUCGGUCAACAGCCAAUCUUCUGAUCGAGCCGAGAAUAAUGUUUCAGUGGGAUUGGAAAGUUUGCUCAAACUGUAUCAGACAAGAAAAGAGAACGUUACCGAGGGAAGUUCACUUGUUCCUCUCACGCGUAACCUUUCUUGGCUAAUCGAACAGAAUUUCUCUAAGAAUACCUCGGCGACUGAUCGACUUCCCGACCAGAUCAAGAAUGACGCUCAAAAGCAACUCGAAGAUAUACCUAAAGCGCAUUAUUCGGAAAAUCAUGACGAUUUGCGGACAAACUUCGAUUCUUUGAAGAGUUUUCUUAAAGACGAUCCGUUGAGUAAGUUGCGAAAAUUGUCCUUGAACAAGACAGUUGCGCCGACGGUUGUAAUCGAUCACAACACAAAUGAAACAAUUGGCAUUGAUUUGACUGAGGAUACCAGCGAGUCUUCUCACGAUCUUGAGGACGAGGUUCUGCAAGACGUUGCGCUAGAUUACUCAAACUAUGAAGAAUCAUCAAACACCUCCGAUCGGUCAACCAAAAAAAGACCAAACGCAGCUCAAGUUGACAUAGUAACGCGUUUCUUGCGUAUCAUCGAGAACCAGCAUACUCUGGGCGAAAACUGCACAGCUGGCACCGAUUUAAACUUGGGUGAGGGCGUGGUAGACCAAUAUGCUCAAGAAAGAUUCCGUCUGGAAGCGGAACUCGCCGUGAAUCGCGCCAACAUGCUCACCCGGCUAUGGAAGUACGCGCCGGAUGUGAUGUUGUCCUCCGAGUAUCUGCUUCACGCGAGCGUUCUUUCUAUGGUGGAAUUUGACGAGGAUAUCUUCGCUGCUGGUAACUGCUAUGACAAGCUGCAGUAUCGCGAUCGCUGGCUGUAUUGUCCCUUCGCUCAUCGCUUACCGAAUCAAGACGGCAUACUCGUCAAGGAUCUCGCCAUCGAGUACAAGUACUUGAGUAACAGCAGCGAGUGGUUCUACAUCGCCAGGAAGAACGCUGAGAGGGUAAUAGCCAGCUACGAGCAAUUCAGUCGAGGAUUUCACACCUAUACGUUGAACGAGAGCAUGCACACGGAAAGGGAGGAGGACGAAAUCCUGACAGUGAAAUACGAGGAUGGCAGAUGGUCGAAACCGUAUUACGAUUGCGGGGGUGGCAAUAUCUGGAUGCUGACCUACACCGUACCCUUCUUCGGAUACGACAACGAUACCUACUUUUUCAAAGGCACCAGCGGUAUCGACAUCGAUCUACGUCGAGUAGACAUAGAUCAGUGCCCGUUGCCGGCGGGAUCCACGCAGUUGAACAUAUUCGCCGCCAGCGACAAGUGCAAAAAGCGCACCACCGAGUGCAUCGCCAUUUCCGGCCUGGGUUUUCGUCGCGGAAGUUACCGAUGCGUGUGCAAACGAGGUUUCUACUACCCGGACACGAAAUCGGACAAGAGGUAUUACAAUGGCACGGUCGUAGAGGAAGAAUACGAGAAAUUAAUGAUGGGUGAAAAGAGCCAAUAUGCCGAGAGCGGGGUGUUCGAAUGCCUUCCGUGCGCCGAAGGGUGCGAGUUCUGCGAUGACGGCUCGCCUUGCGUCGUAUCUCUGAAUUGGCUAAUGCGGACGGCGAUACUGAUCCUGGAGUGCUGCAUUAUCGCUUGCCUGCCAGCCGUCGCUCUUUUCACUUGGAAAUACGGCCACGUGAAGGUGGUGCGAGCGGCCAGUCCGGUUUUGUUGCGCGUGAUUGUUCUCGGCGCCUUCUUCAUAUACUGCACAACCAUAGUUAUGUAUCCCAGGCCAAACAUCAUUACGUGCACUGUGCGCGUAUGGCUACGAGAAAUUGGCUUUUCCCUUACAUACGGAGCACUCAUGCUCAAAACGUGGCGAAUAUCUGUGAUCUUCCGAGUGAAAUCGGCGAAAGCUGUGAAAAUAACGGACGCGAGUCUGCUGAAACGGCUCGGCAUUAUCGUUCUGACGUUCAGCGUGUUUCUGAGCAUAAGGACACUGGUCGCCCCGCCCGUUGUAAUCGUCGGCAGGACCGCCGACGAUCUCAAAGCGUAUCUCUGCCAAACCGACUGGUGGGACCACAGUUUCACUACUCUCGAGGUGAUGUUCCUUGUGUGGGGCAUCCGCUUGUGCAUCGUAGUAAGAAAAACUCCGUCGGAGUUUAAUGAGAGUCGAUUCAUUUCAAUGGCGAUUUACAACGAAUUUCUACUAUCAGUCUUCCUCAACGUUUCAAUGUUGUUCCUGCAAUCGCCGGCCAAUCCGGAUUUAUUGUACAUCAUAUUUUUCUGCCAUACCCAGCUUACCGUCACAUUGCUGCUGUGCCUGAUAUUCGGCAGUAAAGCUUACGUGGUGUUCCGCGGUGGAGGAAAGGAGGAGACGAUCGGCAAACUUUGCGGCGCGACCGGCAAAUUCCUGGGGAAAAGCGGUCGUCCGCAGGGCACUAGCAACCAGACUAGCAACUCGAUAUCCCUUCAGCAGGGUAAUUUUGCCGAAGAAAGCGACUCAGCCACGGAGGAGUUUCGUCGCUUGCUCAACCAGUUAGAAAUCUUGAGGGAAAAGAACAUUUUGCUAGGAAAUCAGGAGCUAGUCAGCAAAUUAGCAGCCAUGCUGGACGCUUCGAAUCGCGUUGAGACUCAAGUGUCCACCAUUCAAGUUAUUUCAACUAGCAUCGUUCAGUUGAACGAUCUCAAUAAAUCAAUGGAAGAAACUAACCUUGGACAAGCUUGCCAGGAGCACGACCAAGCAGGAAUCAGUUCUCAGGAUGAAAGUCGGUGUCGCGCGCGUAUCGAGAAAACCGAACUCGAGAAAAGAGACUCGCAAGAUCCGCCAAAAGACAGCGAAACAUCCGACUCGAAAAAAGUCAGCAAAGACAUUGCCGUGUCGAUAUCCACGAAGAACGCCACCGAGGAUGUAGGUAAGGAAACGUGUCAUGAGAAAGACAACAAGGAAGCCGAUACGAAGGACAAAUCCAGGAGUAAAUCCGGCCACGCUAGAACACACGCCAUAGUUAUCAACCUGGACGACAAGAGCAGAUUUUCCGAAGAAGUUACCGUAUAACCUCUCAUUAAAUUAAAAAUAACUAGUAUAAAUACAGUUUUCCGGUUAUAAUCAAUUAAGUGUUUUUUUCCGUUUCUCAUUGUUGUUUCAUCAUAAGUGGCAAUUUUUCUCGCGAUAACACGUUACAAUUGUUAGAUUUUUAACAAGAUUAAGUUUUAUUUUUAUUUUUAUCGACGUAAUUUGGUAUUUUUCUAGAUUAAAAUUGAUAAAGAAAGGAUUUGCUCAUUAUAUAAUGACGAACAGGAAUAAAUUCUAAAAAAGAAAAUAAUAUAAUAGAAUCUUCGAAUUUAUUCUACUUUAUACACUUUAUAUCGUGAAUAAUUCCAAUUCAAUCACUUUUUUUUUUUUAUAAAUUUAGAUAACUCAGAUAUAACAAAUCUUGCAAUAACCGAGCGCAAUACUAAUUAAUUUUCACUACAAGUUGGAUAAUUUAAAUGUUGAAGAGAUUUGAUCUUUUACGCUAGUUAGACUAAUUUUGCUGCGAAGAAAAGCUCAUCAAUCAAUCAUUUUUUUGGAUAUAAAAGUUGUAAUAAUUAUCCAUAAAUUGAUUGAAAGAUACGCGUCAUACACAUAUCGACUUUUCGUAUUUUCGAUGCAUAUCGAGUAUUUGUGGUGGAGUAACUAAAAAGUAAGUCAGAUUAAAUUAAUUACGUCGUUUGGCAUUUUCGAGUAAGACCGAUCGUGUCGUAGUGCGUCAUUAAUGAACCGUUCAUUAACCCUUAGGGAGUAAUUCGCCCUUCCCAGCGGCAAAUCGAUCUCGGGCCACGGGCUUUCCAAGAUCAAAAUGUGCUUCGUCAGCGUGUUCGCGGAUUACGGAUAGCCUGCACCUGUAAUUAAGCAUUAAUGUAAAAGCAAGUUAAGGGACAAGGCUCAUUAAUCCUUUCCAGCUCUUUGAGAGAUGCUCUAUACGGUACCAUUAAAAUUUUCCACUUAUAAAAUCUUAUUUCAGUUAAUUUCCUACAAACAAUGUUAACAUAAACGUGUGAAUAAUAUAAAAUAUUGUGUUAUAAUAUUAUGAUUUGAAAAACACAAAUACACGAAUAUUGGUAUAAUUGCUUGAAAGAACAAUAUUUUUGUCUUAAAAAAUAUAUCAUUUGCGGGCUUGAAAGGGUUAAAGAAAAUUAUUUUUAAUAUCUUCAUUUCAUGUUUAUUUUACAUAAAAGGGAAUGGUGCAACUAUCGAUAAUUUUUGCUCAAAACAAUAAAUUUGCAAUUUUAAUUAUUUAUAUGUAUGUUU